UUUAAUAUGGCGUUUUGAAAACGAUUUGAAUACGUUUUGUCAAUUAAAGACGUAACAAUGAAAGGACUGCUGCUGUUAGUAACUCAGAUUGUUUUAUUGGUUUUCUCUGAAGAUAACCCUAAUUCGACAUGUGGAUAUAGAUGCUGCCUUAAUUUUUAUAAAGAUUGGUUCCACGGACGGUGUGUUGAGUGUCCGCUCGGUACACAUGGAUUGGACUGUUCUGGAACCUGCCCCCCUCACUACUAUGGGAGAUUUUGCAACAGCAAGUGUGACUGUUCCUUACAUUUUUGUGACCGAAAGUUUGGAUGCAUUUAUAUUCCAACCAAAAAUGGAGGUAACAACCCAUGGAAGUAUGUAGCAUUUACACUUAUUGGAUCCAUUACCACGGUUGUUGCUGUUGGACUCAUUGUUUUUACUAGACCCUGGAUAAUCAGAAAAUGUAAACAAGAAAUCAAGGAGACAGACGAGAGUCAAAUAGGAAUGAGCAGUAUUAUUUCUAAUGGAAACUUCAUAGAGGAAAAUAAAUAUGAAGAAAACCAAAGUUCCCCCUCCCGGGAUGAAACAGAAGCGAUUCAUUUAUAUAACAUGUCUGCUGAAAACAACUAUGCUGAACUGAGGACCUCCGCUCUGUCUCCAAUCUAUAAUAGUCCAGACGAUUUCAACACCGAUCUAAUGCAGCGCACGUUGAUGCUAACAAGACCUGGUCUAAAGACAAGUAACAAGUGAUGAU